AACUCUGAAUACAAUCUCAAAUAAACUGCUUGGCUUAUUAUUUAAUUUUUGAGUGAAGAUUUAUGGUAAGCCUACUAAAUUUUUAGCCCAUUUAUUAAAUAAAUAAUAAAUUAAACUAUUUAGAAAUCCAGAGUUUUAUACCUUAUACAUAUUUUGUAAAUUAAAGAAGAACUGCACCAUGUGGCUCAUAUCAUUCCCGUUCAUGUAUCCCCUUAAGAAAUCUGGCCGAGGAAACAUCAGAGCAGAACACUUUUCCUGGAAAAUAUGGGUUGUGAAAUUAAUCUUCCGAAUAAACUAUAUCUAUCAGAAGUUAUUUAAAUCACAAUUUAUGUCCUGCAUACACGAAUCUUGAUCAGCACAAAUCAAGGAAAAUCGAAGGCUAUCACAUUUAUAAUGAGACUACUUUGCACCAUCAGGGCUGAAGUUAUAAAAGCCCAAAUAUAAACAUGCUAUGCAACUCUUGUUAAUUCAAAUAAAUAAGUGAUGCUGCACCUGUUGGACGGUUUCCCAUCGGAAGGUUAUGAUGAUGCACUUUCUUGUAUUAUUAAUGGGCUGUUGCUGCUCUUUUGUGGCUUUUUAGAAGUAACACAAUCUGAAGGAUGGCACGAGACACCGGCACUCAGCGGGACACCGGCUGUACGGGAUACCUCAUGGCACUGCCUAUUCACGUGUAGUACUAGCCAUGCUAGCAAGAACUGAAACUGUGUCUUAAGUUGACUACUAAAAUUAAGAAGUUUAGAUGCAAAAACCAAAAUGCCAUUUGAUGCUUUCUUCUACAAUUAUCAUUUUUCGCAGACUCCUGGGUGUAGGCUCAGUGAUUUUAGUUUUAUAGUGGCAAACAUGUUCUCUUCUUUGCCUUUAAGUAAAAUAACUGAACAUAAACCCAUGAGGCUGAAAAAGAUGCUUAUUUUAGGAGAAAAAUUCAGACGGGAUUUAGAGGUUUUUGCAUCUGAACUUUUCACACUAUAAACAAUUAUAUGAUCAAUUAGCCCUGACAGCACAUGUUUUUAGGUAAUUGUAGCUUAUUAAACUUAAGAUUAAGUUAAUCAUGUUCUAACUUAAUUUUAUAAGUAAGCUGUUUUAAGUCCGUAUAACAUAAUAUAAGUUUAAUGGACUCAUAAGGUUUAUUUGAUUCAGCUUAAAAAUUUAAGGCAAACUGAAUUUUUUACAGAGUAGAGUUUUAACAUUUUACCCGCCAAAUUGGAAAUAUGUCCAGAUAGAAUUAUUCGUCACUCAUUCCAAGCAACGUUCGAAUUUUCGAAAAAGUUCUUAGAACUAUUUUAUAAUAAAUAGCUUAAACCUAUAGCCAUCAAAUCUAGAUGGUAACCAUCAACAGCUGCUGGAUAUUUUUAAAUGUAGCUGACAUAAUACCCUACAUUCUCAUUAUUUUUGACGUUAUCAAACAUAAAUCGCAAAAAUCGUGUUUUGUUUAAACGUCUUGUAAUAAAUAAUCGAGUCAAACAACUGCGCUAGGGGCGCCAAAAGACAAUUUGGACCGCGCGAACCGAACUUCAGCAAAUUGCGUCCAGAUAUUACAAACAGAAACUCUUCUUAAAAUGUCGACCCCCCCCCUGAAUCUCACUGAACAAUCAGUGCGCCGAUCACCAGACAGGCGAGCUCGAACUCUUGGUUAUUUCUGUGCGUUCGCACUUUUGCUCGUGCUCUAUUUCAGUUGUUUUUUUCCACCCUGUAUGUGUGUGUGUGUACAGUCUGUCUUGGUGUUCAGUAAUCCGCGCCGUCCAUGAUUUUCCCACAGCCCUUACUAAUGCCCCAAAGCUGCAGCUGCCACACCGGCCGGCCUCGGAGCGCCACACGCUGCCAGUUGCUACAUUGAUCAAUAAUUUACCAGUUCGACGCCUCCCCGACCCGCUUACCCCGGGUCGACCGAGGCGAUAAGCGAUAUUUACUCACGCGGAGGGGACGUUUACUCAUCCCGUGCCUUUUAAACGCAGCGUCAGUAUAAGCUUUUAGCCAACAAGCAAGAUCCCUCCGGUGCUUCUACGGAUUAGACUGUCGCAAUGUGCACUGCCCGUGUUAGUGACUGACUGACUUGACUGCGACGGCAUUUGAGGACGCCUCUCGCGUUCGUCUGUCCGGUAACAGCGGGGGUCCCGUUAUGGUGCGGACAGUCGGUGGAUCGAAAAAGGGAGAUGCAGUCAAGACGAACAGGAACUGACUUGAGGACAUAAAGACGAGGAAAAUCACUCACUGUCGCGCAGAACAUCUUCAGGCGAGCAGUACACCGGAGAAUUUUUACCGAGCUUGUGAAUUUCCCCGGUCGGCGCUGACAGCGGGGCUCGGUCUCUCGGUUGAUGACAGCGGGAGAAACACUAUUUUGUUGACGGAACAGUUCGGGUUAUACGAGCAGUGGUCGAUAAUCCAUCGUUCCGGAGAAAGCUGUACUCUUUUCUUUUCUGUUUAACGUUUUUUUAUUCAGACGGAAGAAACUCUGGGAAACAGCCCGACUUGUUGAGUUCUUUUUUCGCUUCCGGUAUCACCGAAGAAACCGACUGGUGCGCCCGCUCCCUCUCCUCUUUUUUUGGACGCUGAAGGUUUUAAAGAAAAAUGGGUCUUUGAGGAGAGCUGGCAAAUUCCCCUGAACUACAAUGGCCACAGAAUCGUAUCUGGUGCAUGAAGGUCCCCAUCGAGCCCCGGGCAUCUCAGAGUGUUUCCUAGUGCCUGAAUCCUACAGGGAUGAAUUCCACCCCUUCAUCGAGGCUCUCCUCCCGCACGUGCGGGCGUUCUCCUACACCUGGUUCAACCUGCAGGCCCGUAAGCGCAAGUACUUUAAGAAGCACGAGAAGCGCAUGUCCAAGGAUGAGGAGCGCGCCGUCAAAGACGAACUCCUGGGCGAGAAGCCCGAGAUCAAGCAGAAGUGGGCGUCGAGGCUGCUGGCCAAACUGCGCAAGGACAUCCGGCCGGAGUUUCGCGAAGACUUCGUGCUCACCAUCACGGGGAAGAAGGCACCGUGCUGCGUGCUCUCCAACCCGGAUCAGAAGGGUAAGAUCCGGCGCAUCGACUGCCUGCGGCAGGCCGACAAAGUCUGGCGCCUGGACCUGGUGAUGGUGAUCCUGUUCAAGGGAAGCCCGCUGGAGAGCACAGACGGAGAGAGGCUGGUCAAGUCCCCGCAGUGCUCCAACCACAGCCUGUGCGUGCAGCCGCAUCACAUCGGAGUGUCUGUCAAGGAGCUGGACCUGUACCUGGCCUACUUCGUCCACAUGCCAGGUCAGUGGGUUACACUCUCUUUCUUCCCUCCUACUGCUACUGAUAUGUUGAUUUAAGAGCGGCCAGAAUCUAGAGUAAGGCGACACCGCCGUAAUCGCCGUCACAUCCAGCACACUUACUGUAUAAACACUUGCUUCCAGUGUGUGUGAGAGUGUGUGUGUGUGUGUGUGUUCUACUGCCAGAGCUGAAAUCAACCUGAAAACAGGCUUUAUAUUAAAAUAAGGGGAAUUUAUUUCUGUUUAUUAUUAUUGGUUUAUUAUUUAUUAUGUCUUUUAGUUUUGCUUCUAGUUAGGAAGAAAUGCUGUUGAGCUGCUGUCAGAUCUCAUGUUGACUUUUUGGAAAUGUUUUUACAUUCAAUCAAGAUCAUUUUAACAUUGUGAAUUAGAUUCUUUUCUUGUAAAAGGUAAACAUUUGACAUGGCUUUAGAUAUCAUGCAUGUAUUUUGUUAUCUGGUUAUGCUCUUCUGUUUGGAAGAAAUCCCCUCAAACUGUAUUGAAUUUUCAGGCUGAAUUUGGGUGGGACGAAUAAUUAAAAUCAUUUCAACAUUAUUAAUUGGCAGCAACAAAGAAAGUCAUUUAAAAAAUCCUGCAAAUUGGUGUAUCUCAUUUAUAAGCCAUCUGCUUCUUAAUUGGAAGAAAUCCUAUCAAAC